UAAAGAAUUAACAUUAAUAAUAAAUGAAAAGUACAAGUAUAACCUACUUUACUUCUUCCCUUUCUUCUUCCUAGUGCGCAACUCAGAUCACAAAGGGGCUGAAGGAAAUUUGAGGAAGGAGAUCUGAUGUACUUGCUUGUGGAUCUUAAUUAUUCGGGAGAUCAUGAUCGCCGUAGAGCAUAAAGAUACUAUGCAUACGAACUGUGAGGCAUCCGUAAGAUGCCUCCAGAAUGCAGGCUAUCCCCAUAAUCUGCAUUACAGUAGGACCGCUGUCAAAGUCUUACCAGAGCCUAGUGAUGGCGCCUAUAUUCAUCCAGGUGGGGAUAGCUUGGACGGCACAUUGAGUGGUGAAUCUAUUGACUCUUCAAAAGAAUCGCCAAACCACACUGUUUAUCAGAAUGGCUUUGGUUUAUGGUCAGCCUUUUAUCCUAACUCAAAUAUGCAUCUGCGCUCCGUGAAUGCUAUUGAAAGCCAGAUCUUUCCAUAUCCAAUGGAUAACCACUACCAUUAUAGCCUAUUAAACAUGUUCCCUCAAAAUUAUCAGUAUGAUUAUCGGUUCCAAGAUUUUCAGUAUUUUGUUGUUAUUGACUUUGAGGCAACAUGUGAUAAGGAAAAGAAUCCUCACCCUCAGGAGAUAAUAGAGUUUCCAUCAGUAAUAGUGAGUAGCACGACUGGCCAGCUGGAAGCUUGUUUUCAAACUUAUGUGAGGCCAACGUGCAAUCAACUAUUGAGUGAUUUCUGCAAAGAUCUGACUGGUAUCCAGCAAAUUCAGGUUGACAGAGGAGUUACUCUAAGUGAAGCUCUCCUUAGGCAUGACAAGUGGCUUGAGAAGAAAGGGAUAAAGAAUACCAACUUUGCUGUUGUCACAUGGUCCAGUUGGGAUUGCCGUGUGAUGUUGGAAUCAGAAUGCCGAUACAAGAAGAUCAGGAAGCCUCCAUAUUUCAACCGAUGGAUCAACUUGAAGGUUCCUUUCAAAGAGGUUUUUGGAGGUGCAAGGUGCAAUUUGAAAGAGGCGGUCCAAAUGGCUGGCCUAGCAUGGCAGGGCCGUGCACAUUGUGGUCUUGAUGAUGCCAAAAAUACAGCCCGCUUGCUUGCUUUGCUCAUGCACAGGGGUUUUAGAUUCUCUAUCACCGAUUCUCUGAUGUAUCAAUCUGGUGAUGAACCCUCUACAUGGAAGCUACCCCCAGAUCACCCAUCGUUUCCCUCUUAUCAACCUCAAAAGACGAGGGAUAUGCCUCCAGGAUUGCAAAAUCAUCAGCCUUACUGUUUCUGUGGAGUAAGGAGCAGCAAAGGGAUGUUCCGGAAACCAGGUCCAAAGCAAGGAAGCUUAUUCUUCGGGUGUGGGAAUUGGACUGCUGCUAGAGGUGCCUGUUGCCAGUAUUUCGAGUGGGCCUUGUCCUGAAGGACCAGAAAAAAUGACGUAACAUUAUUCAGCCGAAUCAUCAUCAUUUCUCUCUCUUUCUCGCUUCUUUCUCUCUAUGUAAAAAGUGAAACGAAAAGACUUGGUUGAUGACUGUUUGAGGAAGUGAGUCUACACUAGUGGAGAUCUUCACUUCCUACCAAAGUAAAUAUGGAUAGUUCAAUCAAACCCUUUGGUUUCCAGUUAAUGUUUAUGAGCGGUAAACUUAGGAAAUGAAAGAUGGAAUGAUCCAACCAUUUUAAAACUGACUUGUUGACAGUGAUUGAACUCUACGGAUAUGAGUAAUGGUGUAGUUAGAAGCAUGCAUUGACAUGCCCAGACAUGUUUUAUUGUGUUAAAAAUAACGUGUGAGCAUUUGCUAUUCAAUGGGAAUGACAGCAGAGUUGCUUGCUCAUAAUUU